AUGCAGCUGCUGGUCAUCGACAUGUCGAACGAUUCGUCGGAAGCCAUGACGUUCAACGAUGUGAAUGCGUCGUCGGUGAUUCUGCUGCUGUUCGGUCUGGUGGCGGUCAUCGCCAGCAGCCUUGUUGUGUACGCGUUCUGCAAGAGCAGGAAGUUGCGUCGCAAAGGCUUCGCUCUUCUGUGCCUGUCGUCGAUUAACGACCUGCUGGCCGGCGCCUGCUUCGCGUCGAUGGGAGUCGCAGAACUGGCACACCUCAUUGACCUGCACGACGUAGGCGGCAGCGUCUGCUGCAGCACCCUGUCUCUGAUGUUCACCUGUGAGACCCUGGCCUUGUACCUGGCCCUCAGCAUGGCCAUCGAUCGCUUCAUAGCCGUCAUGCGACCGGUCCUGUACGAACGUUUGUCGUUCGUCUACGUCCAGCUGCCCAUGGUGCUGUUCACGGUCGUGUUCACGACCACGCAAACCGCCCUCAUGGUUGUUAACACGGUUGACAAGCAGAACCUCGUCGCAGACUCCUGCGACAUCAUCUACUGCACCGGCUCGCCGAACUACUUGAUGCUCAUCCAGGGCGUGAACCUCUUCUUCUCGUCGGCGAUCAUCGUCAUCUGUCUGACAAUGAUCUGCAUCAUGCGCUAUAAACACAAGCAGUUCCGAACGCGGGGCAUGCCGCAUCUUGGCGAGUUCAACUUCAAGCAGCAGACGAGGCAAAUCAGGCUCCAACUCGGCGUCAUGUUCAUCACAGUCAUCUCACAAAUCAGCGGACGAGUGUGCAUCGUGCUGGCCACGUUCGCGACCUCAUUUGAGUCUUAUGAUCAUCUGGUGAAGUUGUUCCGCACGCUGAUAUGCUGUAACUCGGCAAUGAACUUUUUCGUCUACGUGAUCGCUACUCCAGACGUCAGAACGUGCAUCAAACAAUUAUUCGUCAAGCCUAACAAUCGUGUCAGCCCUUUCUGA